AUGUCCCCUUUCCAGCCAAACCUCGCACUUGUGCGUCGAGAUGCUGCGAUUGCACAAGCAGCGUGCGUGCAAAUUUCCAAUCUCGUCUCUCGACUACCCAAAGACCAAGCGAAAGCCAUCGCCGCAGCGCUUGAGGCUGCCAGACGCAACAUCAAGAACGACCUCGAAUCCCAUGCCACGCCACUUCUUGACUGGGACAUCUUGCCAGGCGAGAUCAAAAAUACCAUCUACAAGCUCCUCGUUGUCGGAGAUGAAGUCAUUGAGGCCAGAGUGUUUCACUCACAGACGCCAGAGAAGCGGUCGUUCAAGAAGUACAACCUCGAAGGUCAGGUUCUCCGCCUCAACAAGUCCAUCUACAUCGAGUGCUUGCCCCUCAUGCUUGCUGAGAACGUCUUUGAGAUCAGCCCUGCACUGCUCAAAUAUGCUGGCUACGGCCUUGACAAGUCUGUCGAUGAGCUUGCGGAUGGUGUUGGUACUGCACCACCAGAACGUGCGGCGAUGAUCCGGCGUGGUCUUAUUGCACUCCCGCAAUCUCUCACGGCAUCUCAUAUCCUGACCCUCCGCCGCUUGCGUGGUCUCCAAGAUCUUUUCAUCGUCGACACUCCGAACAAAGUGCCCGAGCCUAAGAGCGAGGCCCACAAGGAUUGGGCGACUAAAUGCGCGAUGGUUCUAGCCCGCACUCGCAACCCGGCACUCGAAGAUUACAUGCGCGACAAACCUUCCGUCAACUACUUCUUCGUUGGCUUCCAAGAAUUUCUUGGCUCGAAUGAUGACCCAAUGGACAUGCACACGGUAAAGGCCUACAAGUGGAAGAUGGAGCUCGUCGGUGAUGGCAAUGGCCUCUCGUGGUUUUGCUUGACGUUCGUGAAGAGACGCGAGUUCCGCCGUAUCGGUCGCAUCCGUAGGAAGGAUGUUGUCCUGGAGAUCUGA